CCUCCUCCUCCUCCCUCUCAGGAAGGGACUGAAUGACAACCUGCAGAGUUGUUCUCGCUCCGAGAGCCGGAAGGAGGGAUUCAGCGGGAAGAGGAGGAGAUCAGGAGGACAGUUAGUGUCGGAGGAGGUGAUCCAGCAGUCAUUAGAAUCUGCUGUGGAGACAUCAGACGUUUCCACGCGUUCCCACCGCGAGUGUCCCUUACGCGUCUGAGUGAGGAGGAGGAGGAGAUCUGUGUGGGCUGAAAUCAGAGGUCUGACAAAGAUCAGGACGGGACAGGAGACACCAUCAUGAAGAUCUGCUCUACUUCCAGCAAACUUACUUGGCUCUCUUUUCUCCUGGGGCUCUCAGGCAUAUGGGCUCAAAUUCAGGUUCCUGUAACCAGUAUGGAUGUGGUCCAAGGAAAUCUGGUGGAGCUAAGAGCCACGUACAGACCAAACACUGACUUGACCACCAGCACUGUCAUCUGGAACUUUAAGGCAGAGGAGUUCCAAGAGGUCAUCAGCUACAACAAAGGCUCCUUCAGUCAGGGCAGCAACUUUAAGGGUCGCGUUGGGUUCCUGUCUGACAUGCCUUCAAAUGACUUGUCUGUGUAUAUUAACAACACCAGGGAGUCGGACUCCGGCACCUAUGUGUGUCAGGUCCUCAUUCCUGCUGUUAAUACUAAGGUUGCUCAGAUCACACUGGAUGUGAAGGUCCCCCCUGCUGUUCCCACGUGCUCUCUGUCUGGGAAGCCAGUCCUGAAGGGAAAUGUGACUCUGACGUGCACGUCUAGUGCUGGGAAACCUAUUCCGUUAUAUAAGUGGAGGAGAACAAGUCCAACCUCUGAGGUCUUUUUUGCACCUAUGGCCAACGAGAACACCGGGAUUCUGAAACUAAACAACCUGAGCAGCAACAUGUCCGGGAAGUACAUCUGCACAGCUAGCAACUCAGCUGGAAGCGAAAACUGCUCCAUCAGCCUGGACAUCAUCAACAACAAUAAGGUUGGAGUGAUUGUUGGUGCAACCGUUGGAUCAGUCCUCGGUUUCAUCUUUCUCCUCUGUGUCUGCGUCGGCUUUCUGUUUAUGUUCAAGAGGAGGAGAGAAAAUGAGGACGACAUGGCAAACGACAUCAAAGAAGAUGCUCAGGCUCCCAAGCGAGUGUCCUGGGCGAAGAUCGGCAUGGGCUCAGAUGUCAUCUCUAAGAACGGCACACUCUCCUCGAUUGCCUCCAGCCCACGCCACAAAGAGCCGUCCCACCACCUCAACAACCACCACCUGCAUCAGUACCCCCAGCAUCCUGCCUCUGACACGGCCUCCAUCAUCACAGCGACAGGCAGCACCGCCGGCUACAGACCGUCUCGCCAUCAGGAGGCUUCCACUCCCACUCAUUACGGCUACAACAACAGCAGCACGCUGCCACACAGACAGCCCCUCUCCUCGCAGGCCUCCAACGGGAGUUCACAGCCGGUGCAGGAACGCUACGGCCAUCUGCCCCAGGCCCAGGAGCUGCCUCAGACCUACAGCCAGCCGCAGGGCCACUUCCAGCCUGCGCCACCGCCCAACUCCACCGUCACAGCCUCCAACAUCAGCCGAAUGGGAGGGGUGCCCAUCAUGGUGCCUGCGCAAAACCAAGCAGGCUCUCUGGUCUAACACAAGUGCCAUGCCAUGCUGUUGGACUUUUACAGAGAGUCAGCUGGUUCUCUAAAGGAAAUGCUUUAUUACUUAGCGAACAGGAAGAGUCAUUUACUGCUGCACGCUGCAGGCUGCCAUGGCAAUAAUUCAAGACAUGCUGUUUACUUGCUUUGUAUUCACUCACAAGUUAUGUAUAGAUAUGGUUCUCUUUUCUACGUUUUUAUUAAUAUGCUGUAACACCAUCCAUUCUCUUGCUGUUCACACAGCAGUCACAUUGUUUUAUUAAGGGUUCAUUUUCAAAGUCUCUGCAAAGAUUGAACAGCAAAUUGGACAGAUUAUCGAAGCCAUUUUCACUUAAAACAAUUACCUUAAAGGUAUAUAGCCACGAUGCUUUAAAAAAGACCAAAAACCAUUUGUUCAUGAUCAAAUAAGGUUACAUACACCAAGCCUCCAUUCUGAUAAUGUUUUGAUGGUCCUUUUUUCAGGCUAAAUAUAGCCUGAAAAAAGGACCAUCAGCAGAAUAAACAGAUGUGGCUCCAUCUACUGGCAUUGUUGCAGAACUAUUAUAAUGCUGAUUUGCUUAAUUAAUAAAUCACUUCACUAAAUAAUGCCAGAGCGAGCCUGACCCUCUGCAAUGCCUCGCAGUAAAGCGGCAGCUUGGCGUGAUUGAAGACCAACGUUAUUAAUUAAAUACACCAAUCUACAUCAGCCUUAAGAGCCUCAGCGAACACCAACCUUCAUACUGUAUUCCCAGCGACAUUCCAGUCUUUUUCCUCUUGGAAUCAUAUAUUUUUUUGCGGGUUUUUUUCCACUGGACUUUGUCCAUUCUUAAUUGUUUCGCUGGAAGAUGCUAAUAGCCGUUAGCUGCUUCCUUGAGCUAUCCCCUGCUGCGCAUGCGCAGUGACGUGCUUCCGUUUAUAUUAUAAAUAAACACAAGAGGCUGUAUUUAUUAACAAAUUGAGCAUAAACAAAGCAUAAAACACCAAAAUAACAACUAAUACGGCAGCAGGAUGUAAUAGUCUUUCAUAAAAACUCUGUAUGCAACCAGUGAGCUACUGACGUAUACGUUUAAAAGAAAAGUCAAAUAAUGUGGUAAUACACCUUUAAGGACAAUUUAUUUAUACUUUAAGACUGCAUUAUAUUGAACUACAACAUUAUAAAAAAAGCCAGAAUUUAAAUCAUCUCUGCGGGUCAUGGAUAGCAGUUUGCUCCCAGUGGAACAGGGCUGCCAGAAGAAGGUAGAACAAUGAGAAGGAAAAAACAUCAGGUUUAAAUUGUAAUUUUACUUUUUAAUUUUUAUGGUUAGGAAACACUCUGAUUGUCUUUGGGUUGGACAGCCUCAGAGUAUAAGUGAAUAUAAGACAUCACAGAUGAUGUGUAACUUUCUAAGUCAGCGUCCUCCUUCAUCAUUCCAUCCUGAAUGGUUUUGAUCUCCGGUCUGGUUCUGCAGAUCAGUGGUUUGUCAGCAGGGAUCAGAUCCACACAGAUGUGAUCUGAUGAUCCAAAGUGAGGAGCUGCUGCAGCUUUGGAUGCUCCUGGGUUGUUGCAGUAGACUUGAACCAGUAUAUUAUUUUCUCUGGUCAGGAACUUGUGCAGCACAGCUCUUAACUCAAUGUGAUUAAAGGUUCCUGCUACAAUCUCAUCUACAUCUGAAUUGCUGUUCAUAAGACUACUGAUAAAGCAGUAUAGCUCCUCUAGGGCUAGCUUAGCUUUCAGCUGGUUCUAUGCUGCAGUGAUGGUAAGAGAGCUCAAGUUUAAAUGGUCUACACUGAACUGCUAGAUGUUCCAGCUGAGGGGAGCCAAAGGUUCUGAUCGCCUGUGCAGCUGUGUGCCAGAUGUGAACGUAUAUUGCUAGGCCUCCACCUUUUCUUCUCUCUGCAGCUUCCGUUUAGUCCAUUCGAAACAAAGAGCAGUCUGCUAGCUACACAGCAGCAUCGGGUAUAUUGCCAUCAGACAAUGUCUCUGUGAAGAUCGCUACACAGCAGCCAUUCUUAGCCGGAUUUCAUGGAGUUUGUUGGCGAGGGAUCUUACAUUUUCCAGGAGGAGGAUCAUGGCUCAACUCUUAAAAAAGGAACUACAGGCCUGAAAGUAUCACUCUGUUCAGCCCAGUAAAAAGCACAAUUCUGCAUUUGGUGUGUAUGUCUUUUUUCAUCUGCUCCCCAAGUUCUGCUCACAGAGCACAGACUGGCACCUGAUGCUUCACUGCAUCUGCACAGAAACACGCAUCCUCUCCAGCUGCUAACAAGCUGAUGAAAAUACUGACGGUGUUUUCACUUCCACAGUAAGCUACAGCAGGACUGAUGGUGGAGGAACAGAAAGCUCCACAUUUAAAGGGAAAUCCCGUAGAUUGUGAGCAAACAGCCUGGUUUAGAUGCAAUGCCUGUGUUGUUGUGAUUGGAUAACCCAGAAGACACGGCAGGAUGGAGUUCUUUUAUAAAAGUCUCAUUUCUUCAAACACAUCUGAGUGAAAACUGCUUGUGAUUCUGAUUCAGAACUUGUGAUGUAACUGCAUUUUUUCAUCCGUACAUUGUAUUCCAUUUUCUGCAGGACUAAAAGUUGUAAAUAUGCUUAUUGGCUGUUAAAUGUAUUCCAGGCAGCAUUGAGUUUUGCUUUUAUUGUUUAAUAUUCUGGCCUCAUCUGUAUGGAUAAUGCUGUACAACAAUGUUAGUCUAAGCAUCUUGAUGUUGCACCUUUUCAUAGCAACAGUUUUAAUUGAGGUCACACCGUGACUUUCACACAAACAGCUUCAAUUAGGUCAAAAUAUUGUAAAGAAAAGAGAUCAAGAGUAAACAACACCUUCAAAAUCUCAAAUGAACCAUCGAGCCUGAGGUUUAGAGAGCUCUUUGUUCACUAAAAUAUACUGAAAAUUAAAA